GGUCUUGUUUGAUUCGUCUCAAUUAGUACAUUAUUAAUAUUCAAUCGUUAUAAUUUUUACUAAUAUAUACUGAAAGAUAUUUGAGUUUAAAUAUGUGCAUUAGAAGACGUGCACAGAAAAGUAGGAAUGAUAAAAAAAACAGAGGGAGUACUGUUUAUUAACAAAGGGUAUUAAAUAAUUUUAGUUGCGUAGGCCCCACCUAAAUUUCUCUCUUAGCAAUCUGUUCACCGUUUUUAACCAUAUGUUUCUUUAUUUCCCCCCUCACAAAGUCAGAAGGGUAUGUUAGUAUUUAAUAUCUGGAUAUAAGUGGACUAAAACUUGUCAUUUUUCUCUAUAUCCUGACCCAUAAGAUUGUACCAUCUCAAAACUUAGUGGUCAUCUUUAUGUUGUAGAUAGUGUUUUCGUGGCUGAUGUUAAUUGGAUAAAGAUAAGCAGAGAAGAUGAUUGUCUUCUGGUUUCUGCUUGUGUUUUGCACAAACAGAAAAAUCACAAAAAUGGGUAAAUUGAAAUGGAUCAAUUGAGAGCCAAACUUUGAUCACAAAACACUAAAAUUCAUUUUUAAAUUUUUGCUAAUCCUAUGGCACAUAGUGUAACUUCCAAUUCAUUUCUGUUAACUACUACACCUCAUUCUAGGCUACUGGUUUCUAAGAAACCAAGGCAGCUUACUGUUUUUGCUAAGAAUGCAGGGCCAUUUUCAUCGUUUCGACUACGAAAACCGUCUGCUGAUGAUAUAUCAUCUGAAGAUGAAGGCCAAGUUAAGAAGAAUAACAAUAACCCCUUUCAGUUUGACUGGAGUAAGAUAUCUGAUGUUAAUGUUAAGUCACUUAUUCCAAUAGUCAGUAAUACUCCUGGCUUGGUGAGCUCUGGUAAGCAGAAAGAUGCUGGAACGGUUUUCGUGGCUGGUGCCACUGGGCAGGCUGGUGUACGCAUUGCUCAGAAGCUCUUGCGGCAGGGGUUCAAGGUCCGAGCAGGUGUCCCGGACCUUGGUGCUGCCCAAGAAUUAGCUCGAUUUGCCUCAGAUUAUAAGAUCAUAUCGAAGGAAGAAUUGAAACGCUUGAAUGCUGUGGAAUCCAUGUUCAAUGAUGCAGAAUCAAUUGCAAAAGCAAUAGGGAAUGCGGGAAAGGUGGUAGUUACCAUUAGUUCUACAGAGAACGGCCCCAACAAAGAGGUCUCUACAGCAGAUGCUCUUCUAGUAGUUGAAGCAGCUCAACUUGCUGGUGUAGGCCAUGUAGCAAUCAUCUACGAUGAUUCACCAAAUGUCUCGACCAAUAAUGUACUAGAUGGGAUAUCCUCCUUCUUCAAUAACAUUUUCUCGCGAUCUCAGGCAUUGACUAUUACCGAGUUCUUGGAGAGGGUCGUUCAAACAGAUGUCAGAUACACGUUGAUCAGAACAUUGUUAACUGAUGAUUUUUCACCUGAGAGUUCUUACAAUGUUGUUGUGGCUGCAGAAGGGAAUGCUGACACAAACGACUACAAAAUAGCAAGGUCACAGAUGGCUGAUUUGGUGGCAGGUAUCUUCUCAAAUACAGCAGUAGCAGAAGACAAGGUAGUAGAAGUAUACACAGAUCCAUCAGCUGCAUCAAAGCCUCUGGAAGAACUCUUCAGUGCCAUUCCUGAGGACAGAAGAAGGAAAGAAUAUGCAGAAACUAUUGCGCGAGCACAAGCAGAAGAAGCAGCCAUAAAAGCAGCUGAGCAAGCCCGUGAAGCAGCUGAGGCUACAAAGAAGCUCGAAGAAGAAGUGAAGAAGUUGGCAGAGCAAGAAGCGCGAGCUACUAGUCUAGCUGAGGAUGCUAAAGAGAAGGCAGACAAAGCAGGGGCUUCAUUGGAUAGCUUACUAACCAAAGCAAAAGACAUGAGCUCAGGACUUUCCUGGGAAAAUUUUGGCUCUCAGCUUUCUAGUGCUGUCAAAAAUUCUAAUAUAGAGGUCCCCAAAAUUCAGAUUGCUACGGUCAGAGGACAAGAAAAGGCCCGGAAUUUGGCUCCUCAAAAAGCUGUGACGAAACAAAAUACUCCAAAGCCAAGAUCAAGAUCAAAAGCAAACCCUGCACCAGCAGUGGAAAAACCUAAGGAGAAAGAAUCAAAGAAAGAAGUAAGAAACAUUUUGGGCGGUUUAUUCAAGCAAGAGACUAUCUAUGUUGAUGAUGUCUGAUGAUUGAAAGAACAUCUUCUGGAAUAACUACCCAGAUUAGUAAAAGCCGUGGUGCAUAAUUAUAAUUCUAAGUCCUGGAGUCUGUAUUUUUCAGUCUUAAGUUCUAGCUUCCUGUAUUCUGUAAUGAUGUAUGUAUGUAUUUUUUUCCCAAGGAAAUGUUUCACAUUAUUAUCUGUCA